AUGUCGCAAAAUCGGCCCGCCGCCUUCUCGAGCCUGAGGAUGGGAGAGGUUAUUCGCGAAAAGGUCCAGGACGGCGUUACGGGCGAGACGAGGGAUAUGCAGUACACACAAUGCAAGAUUGUCGGCAAUGGUUCCUUCGGUGUCGUCUUCCAGACCAAGCUGUCACCCUCGGGUGAGGACGCCGCCAUCAAGAGGGUUUUGCAAGACAAGCGCUUCAAGAACCGUGAACUGCAGAUUAUGCGCAUUGUCCGACACCCGAAUAUCGUAGAGCUGAAGGCCUUCUACUACUCAAACGGCGAGAGGAAAGAUGAGGUCUACCUCAACCUGGUGCAGGAGUUCGUCCCGGAGACUGUCUACCGCGCGUCGAGGUACUUCAACAAGAUGAAGACGACCAUGCCUAUCCUCGAGGUCAAGCUCUACACCUACCAGCUGUUCCGCGCCCUGGCGUACAUCCACUCCCAGGGAAUCUGCCAUCGCGAUAUCAAGCCACAAAAUCUGCUGCUGGACCCCAGCACCGGCGUGUUGAAGCUCUGCGAUUUCGGUAGCGCCAAGAUAUUGGUUGAGAACGAGCCAAACGUCUCGUACAUCUGCUCGCGGUACUACAGGGCGCCGGAACUGAUCUUUGGAGCGACGAAUUACACGACCAAGAUUGAUGUGUGGUCUACUGGCUGCGUGAUGGCCGAGCUCAUGCUGGGCCAGCCCCUGUUCCCUGGCGAGUCGGGUAUUGACCAGCUCGUCGAGAUUAUCAAGGUGCUGGGCACACCGACCCGCGACCAGAUCCGCACCAUGAACCCCAACUACAUGGAGCACAAGUUCCCGCAGAUCAAGCCACACCCAUUCAACAAGGUGUUCCGCAAGGCUGACGCCAAUGCCAUCGACCUCAUCUCGCGCCUGCUCGAGUACACACCCACCGAGCGUCUGUCAUCCGUCGACGCCAUGGUGCACCCAUUCUUCGACGAGCUACGCGACCCUACCACGCGUCUCCCCGACUCGCGCCACCCCAACGGCCCGAUCAAGGAGAUGCCCGUCCUCUUCGACUUCUCCCGUCAUGAACUCUCCAUCGCCCCACACCUCAACCACCGCCUCGUCCCGGCCCACGUGCGCUCCGUGCUCGCCGCCAAGGGCCUCGACAUCGACCACCUCACGCCCAUGCCGAAAGAGGAGAUGAUGGCCCGCCUCGACUGA